AUGAUCUGUUUCAUGAUUUUCUGUUUGGUUUGGUUUGUACAGACUGAAAACUCCACAGCUCUGAUCCGGUUCUCGGUCCCAGAGCUUCAUCACGUGUGUCUGCUGUGCGACGCCUCGGACCCGGAUCAUGUGACCUGGACUCACGGGGACGGGGACGUCCUGGUCACCGAACACGACGCCGACGCCGGCGAGGAGCAGCAGCGCCACCUGCUGCUGUCCGACGGUGGCCUCUGUCUCCUGCAGCUUCGCGACUCUGACAGCGGCGAGUAUCACUGUAACGAGCAGCUGGUGGCAGAGCUGCAGGUGCUGACAGGUCGCGACUUCUCGGUGUCGUCCGGCCGGACGCUGCUGCUGCCCUGCGGCCGCUCGCCCAAACCCAGACAGAGGUGGUUCCACCGGAGGAGAGGAGGAAGGCGGGAGGCCGUCUUCACCCGCUUCAGGAACGGCACGGUGAAACCAGAGAGGGAGGACGUCCGCCUCGGCUUCAUGUACGACGCCCUGCAGAUCCAGGACCUGCAGCCAGGGGACGCCGGAGAGUAUCAGUGUAACGGAGAGCUGCAGGGCCGAGUCACGGUCCUCACAGUUUGUCCGGAGCCGACGAGCGUCCAGAUGUUCCUCACGUCAACAUCUGCAGCCGUGAGAACAGCUUUGUUGAUGGUUGCUGUCGUCAGUUCGGGGCUGAUGAUCCUCCUCAUGUCCAUCGUCUUCAUUUUACUGACGAGCACCAAGUGCAGGAGGAAGCCAAGAUAUACAGCUCAGACACUCGACCACGCCGAGCUGCAGCCGUGGACGACCAACACACCGACCGAGUGGGAGGAGUCAGAGAGUCGGUCCACGACGGACGACAUCCACUACGCUUCUCUGGGACGACACAACUGGAGCGAGACGCCGAGCCGGACGCCACCGAACCAAGAGCUGAACCACGUCAUCUACUCGUCUGUCAUCACCAGAGCUGCUCCGCCGCCCUGCUCCCUGAGCGACAGCCGCAGACAGCUGGUCUACCUGAGGACCAAUAAGAGAGGAGCGAGCCGCAGACGUGUCCUGUGUCGGUCCCGGUCCUCGGUCCUCUUGUCCCGGGUCGUUUCCUCUCUCGGUCCCGGUCCUCGGUCCUCUUGUCCCGGGUCGUGUCCUCUCUCAGUCCCGGUCCUCGGUCCUCUCGUCCCGGGUCGUGUCCUCUCUCGGUCCCGGUCCUGGUCCUGUGCUCCCGGGUCGUGUCCUCUCUCAGUCCCGGUCCUCGGUCCUGUGCUCCCGGGUCGUGUCCUCUCUCGGUCCCGGUCCUCUGGUCCCGGUCCUCUCUCAGUCCCGGUCCUCGGUCCUGUUCUCCCGGGUCGUGUCCUCUCUCAGUCCCGGUCCUCGGUCCUCUCGUCCCGGGUCGUAUCCUCUCUCGGUCCCGGUCCUCGGUCCUCUCGUCCCGGGUCGUGUCCUCUCUCGGUCCCGGUCCCCGGUCCUCUCGUCCCGGGUCGUGUCCUCUCUCGGUCCCGGUCCUCGGUCCUCUUGUCCCGGGUCGUGUUCUCUCUCGGUCCCGGUCCUCGGUCCUCUUGUCCCGGGUCGUGUCCUCUCUCAGUCCCGGUCCUCGGUCCUCUCGUCCCGGGUCGUGUCCUCUCUCGGUCCCGGUCCUCGGUCCUGUGCUCCCGGGUCGUGUCCUCUCUCGGUCCCGGUCCUCUGGUCCCGGUCCUCUCUCGGUCCCGGUCCCGGUCCUCUGGUCCCGGUGCUCUGGUCCCGGUCCUCAGCAUGCCGGACCCCGGCCUGGUCCUGGAGGCCCUCUCGGCUCUCAGCGGCUGUAACGUGGGCUCCACCCCGGGCCCCUCGCUCCUCAGCCCGCAGGACUUCGUGAACAUCGUGGCUCUGCGGGAGUUCUACAAGCAGCAGGGCCUGGAGCAGCUGGAGUACCCGGGGUUCGGGGCCAUGUCCCUGGAGGACCCGGACCCGGAGGACCCGGACCCGUACAGCUCCCCGCCGGGCCUGGGGGACAACCCGGGCCCGCAGGAGAGUCUCAGGGCCUCGGUGAAGAUCAACCUGGAGGAGUUCCUCCACCCGCAGUUCAACUACGACUUCACCUCCAUACAGGACGGCAGCACCGUGUUCCUGCGUGGUAACGAGCGGUACUUCCGGCCCUGUGGGUGGAACCGCGUCGCCCUGCGUGUGAACGGGAAGUACGACGGCAGCGACGCGUGGCUCGGGACCGGGGCGGACGCCUGGCCGGUCUCUUACCACGCCCACAACAUGGACGGCUCCCUCGGCGUCAUCCUGACCCACGACGGGAGCCCGGAGCACGAACCCGGGUUUCUGGACGCCGCCGCGGCAUCUCUGACCACCGGCUUCACCAAGGGCGAAGGAGUGUACUCCACGCCAGACAUCAAGAUGGCGGAGAAAUACUGCAAGGUGUUCAAGUCCAAAGCGGACGGGAAGGCGUACAAGGUGGUUCUUCAGAACCGCAUCAACCCGGAGAACAGGAAGAAGUGUCAGAGAGAAGACGUGUGGCUGGUCUACGUCCCCGAAGGGUCCAACCCGGUCCAGACCAAGGCCGUGGUGCAGGACGCCAUCCGUCCCUACGGGCUGCUGCUGAAGCCGCUGUGACACCACGACCACGAGUCAACCACACGCCGGAUCAACAACACGAGAAGCACAACAACAACAACAACAUCUCUCAGGCGAGAUCCCGCCUCCAGCGUCUGUGCUUUCAAUCCAUCACAGAUCUGACUCUUCAUCAAGAUCCAAGGAAAACCAGCUUCUUCUUCAGGGUUGGAAACUAAUGAAUUAAAACACUUUACUUUGAAAAUAUAUCUGUGAGUGAUCUCGAUGAUUCUGCAGAAACGUCUUGUUUCAUAAAUUAAUUUGACAAAGUCUUUGAUUUUAUUAGAAGUUAAUGAAUUUUCUGUUUCUUCUGUUUCUGUCCAAUCACGUUGCUCUAAACUUAAUGUGAUGAUUUUUAGUUGUUAACAUGGUGAUAAAUGAUCUUCAUACUUUAUUGUGAAAAGACUCACAAUUCCUGGACCUUCAAUUCCUGUUGUGGUCAAAUUGAUAAUUUUCCUGGCAAUAAAUUUCUUCUUU